UAGAGAAAGGAAAGAAAGAAACGCACAACACACACCAACCCUCCAUCGCCAUUUUCCCUCUUCUUCUUCAGCUUCACUCACUUCCCCCAAAUUCCCUCAUCUCAUUCAACUCCAACCCUAAUUCCUUGAAUUAACUCUCUCCCUCUCUCCUUCUCUCUCUUUCUCUCUCAGAUCCAUUGAGUUUGUUACACUCAAUUUCUCCGAUUACAUCUCUCCGCGCAAAAAUCGCUUCAAUCACCUUCCGAUUCUCGCGUAUUUCCUGCGAAGUUGUUGGGGUUAUUUCAGCUCCUGAGGAGCUCUAACCGUUGCUGAAAGCCAUGGCUUCGAUCGGAGCAGAUCUGUGCCGGAAAAUCCACCCCGAGCCGGUCGACCACUUCGACCGGCUGCCGGACUCCCUCAUCCUCCUGAUCUUCAAUCAAAUCGGCGACGUGAAGGCGCUGGGAAGAUGCUGCGUCGUUUCGCGGCGGUUCCACUCGCUCGUUCCUCAAGUCGACAACGUCGUCGUCCGCGUCGACUGCGUAAUCUCCGACGACGAUCCUUCCUCCACCUCCUCUUCCUCCUCGUCCGGUUCCGCCGCUGGAGAUAAGUCGCGCCACCCGAUCUCCUCUCUCUUCCGCACCUUCUUCUCCGGGCUGUUCAAACCCUUGCAGUCGCUGUCUCAGCUCAUCAACCCCUCGGCGCGCCGCCUCGCGGAGGAUUUCGACUGCCAAGGGGAGCAGAGCAUCGUAACGCACCAUUCGCCGACGCAGGUUUUGAAGAAUUUCAACGAAAUCAAGGUGCUGAGGAUUGAGCUCCCCACGGGGGAAUUGGGGAUUGAUGACGGCGUUUUGCUGAAAUGGAAGGCGGAAUUCGGCUCCACGCUUGAUAGCUGCGUGAUACUCGGAGCUUCCAGCGUCGUGCAGAGCGCAAACAGCAGCUGCAGUACCGCAAUUGGAAGUGACAACGGAGCGGAGAACGAUAACGGUAGCAUACCGGAAUCGUUCUACACCAACGGAGGCUUGAAGCUGCGCGUCGUGUGGACGAUCAGCUCGUUGAUCGCAGCCUCCGCCAGGCAUUACCUUCUGCAGCCUAUAAUAGCGGAGCACAAGACGCUCGCGAGCUUGGUUUUGACGGAUGCUGAUGGGCAAGGGGUGCUGUCUAUGAAUAAGGAGCAGCUGGAGGAGCUGAGGGUGAAGCCUCUGUCUGCAUCAUCUGCUUCGAAGAGGACUCUUGUCCCGGCUCUGAACAUGCGGCUGUGGUAUGCUUCUCAUCUCGAGUUGCCUAACGGGAUGGUGUUGAAAGGGGCGACAUUGGUCGCGAUCAGGCCGAGUGAGCAUCCGAAGAAGGAGGUGGCGUGUUCGGAGGCGAAUUGGGUUGCGUCGGCGUUUGAGGAGCCAUUUGGGGCUGCUGCGAGGAUGUUGGUGAAGAGGAGGACCUAUUGCCUCGAAAUGAACUCUUUCUGAAGGAGGGGGGUUGUGAUUGUCUAAAGAUGAAGAGACAGAUGCUGAGGUGAACUGCGGCUACUGAAAUCCCGAAAGCUCAGACUUUGGCUUCAAAUUUUGUUUUGAGCAUAGCAAGCUGCAAUCUAAGUUGCAGUCAGAGUUUAUAAGCUAUGAAUGUGGUACGAGAAGUCGGUUGAUCAAGCCAGAUUGCUUUCGUUUCGAACCGACACUUAUACUUUAACAACCGCGUGCUAUGCAACUGGACAAUCAUUUUGUAAGAGUAAUGUGAUUUUGAUAAUCUCAUUAUGUAUAUGUGAAUAUUGUAGGUAUGACCAUCUAUGCUUAUCUGCUCCCCCUUCUAAAAGGCUCACCCACUAAUAAAUCUUGAUUCGAAUCUUGA